CCGAGAGACAGACAGGACUGUGCAUGUAUGCAGAUCAACAUGGGACACAACUGUUAGUUACUUUCCUGAAGGACUUAAUAAAAAACUGAAUCAGAAUGGAAGCAAAUAAUGCAAGUGGGUCAGCCAAUGACAGCCAUCAGUACCUCUGUCAUUUUAAUGAAAGUUUCAAGUACAUUCUUCUUCCGGUGAGCUACACUUUGGUGUUUGUGGUGGGUCUGGCGCUGAACAUCACCGCCAUGUAUUUCAUUCUGUUUCGAACCAGACGCUGGAAGCCCAACACCAUCUACAUGAUCAACCUCAAUGUUUGUGACACCCUUUACAUCCUCACUCUUCCCUUCCUCAUCUAUUACUACGCCGACGGGAACGACUGGCCGUUCGGAGAGCCGAUGUGUAAACUCAUCCGCUUUCUCUUCUACACGAACCUCUAUGGAAGCGUUCUCUUCCUCAGCUGCAUCAGUCUGCAUCGCUUUCUGGGCGUCUGUCACCCGAUGCGCUCUUUGUCCUGGAUGAACGCUCGGCGUGCGCGAUUGAUCUCCGUGUGCAUAUGGGUGACCGUUCUUAUCUUCCAGUCGCCGGUCCUCUAUUUCUCCAGGAUGAACGGUAUACGGGUGUGUUAUGACACCACUAGCAAAGCGCUCUUUAAUGAUUUUCUGGUGUACAGUUCGGUGGUUAUGGUCCUGUUUUUCGUCCUACCGUUUGGGGUGGUGCUGGUCUGCAACGGCCUAAUGGUGAAGAAACUUCAAGAACCCGGAGUGGGCGAUGGACCAACGUCGCAGCGCUCCAAGCAGAAGUCGGUGAAGAUGAUCAUCAUCGUCCUUCUGGCGUUCGUGUUGUGUUUUCUUCCCUUCCACGUGAACCGCAGUAUAUACUACACCUUUCGAUACCUGGACAAGCAGGUGAGCUGCGAGAUGCUGGAGUUUGCGAGCAUGGCCUACAAGAUCACGCGACCUCUGGCCAGCGCCAACAGCUGCAUUGACCCCAUCCUUUACUUCAUGGCAGGACAGGACUUCAGAAACAGCAUUAAGAGAAGGUCAAAAUCAAACAAGAGGUCUGAAAAUAUCAAAUCCCCUUCAACCACGCUAUGACAUCACAUGAGCGAAAACAGUCAGGAGUAAAUACUAUAGUGAAAGGUUUUUUAAGCCAUGACCCGUCCCGGGACCACGAACCCAUGAUGAAUGACAUCUGUUUUUGUUAAGACGUUUAUGAAAGGUCACUGUUCGAAAAUAAAAAUGUGACCCUUGACCAAAGGCCAUUUAAUGGUAUGUGAAGGACCACCUGCACGCCUAAAUAUAUCUGCACUCAGUUGAAAACAUUAUUUCCAAAAACAUUUCUGUUAAGGAAACAUAUAAAGUGGUAUUGGAAGAUCAGUGGCGGUUUUUCAUAUAUGAGGUGUGUUGGGACAGUUAUUAUUUGCUCAAAGGCUUUUUAACUCCUGGCAGAAGAGAUUGACUAAACUUCGGCUCACUUCCAGGUGUUUUGUAAGGAGUAACAUGAGCGUUUUCGCACACCAACAAAAUCUGCAACUCACUGUCAGGUUGACAUUUAAGACACUCCUGAAUAUUCUUUGUCAAUGAAUAUUAACGUUUUGUUCAUAGUUUUUCAUUGUAGAUUUGUUCUGGGGUAUCUGGUGGCACUUUAAUAAUGUAAAAAAGAAUUGUCUUUUGCAUUAAAAUGUUCACUUUAAUAGCAAUUUCUAUUACACUACUGACUGUUUUCGACUGUAAAUAUUCUUUAGAAAUGAUUCGAUUUCUAGGACAAAAAAGUCUAACUUUAUAUAAGUGAUUUUCUUUGACAGCACAUUAGUAAACAUUUUCAUUUGUUUUAAGAGUUACAAUGUAAUGAUCAUUAAGAUGAAUUAAAAAAAAAGGAACAGCAAUGUAGAGUUGAAUUUAUAUCAGAGUUAACAUUUGUAUAAAUCUUUUAGUUAAAGGAUUUUGAACAUAAACUAAAUUGGUCUAUGUGAAGUUUUGAUUACAUUACUCAGUUUUAACAUCAGUUUUGCAAAAAGAACCAGUCUGUGUUUAUCUGCUCCAGCAGAUUUCUUUGAAUAUAGGAUGUGAGUCAUUUUCAAACGGAUAUUUUAAAGCUACGGAGAAGAUUGUGUGAGAUUCAAGAUUGCUAAAUAUGUUUGAUUAUUUUAGACAAUAAAAAGGUAUAGGGAAUGAUUCUUUUAAGAGCCUCUGACUAAACUGAACCUUUUAGCAUGUUUAUUUUUAAGAGUGCAGAUGAACUUCAAAAUCUCUGAAUCUCUUGAAAAAGUGUAAUAAUGUCAUCUAGACUUAAAGGCAUAGUUCACCCAAAAAUAAAAAUUAUAUCAUCAUUUAUUUACCUUCAUGUGGUUAUAAAAACCUGUAUGUGACUUUCUUCUGCAGAACGCAAAAGAAGAUUUCGAGAAAUGUCUCAGUGGUUUUGUUUGUUGGGUAAGUUACUCUGAAGAAGUUAAUUAAUUACUAGUUACUAAUUCGAUAUUCAAUAGUGUAAUUAGAUUACUGUACAAAUUACUCACUCCAAAAAGUAUUUAAUUACUUUCGGUAUCCUACAUCAACCUUGAUUAGUUAAGUGAUUCAAGGAAAGACACGAAACAGCUAAUUUCAUUCAUUCAAAUAAAUAAAAAAUAAUUACAUAAAUUAUUCCUAUUAACUGACCAAAGUAUACAAAUGUGAGAAGGAUACAUUGAAACAUGCGUUUUAAAGUUAGACUUAUAAUUUUUAUUUCAUUUCCACUUUUGAAUAUAUUACACAGUAUUUAGUUCAAUUACAUCAGAAGUAACUGUAAUUAAAUUACAGACAAAUAAGAGUAAUCCCUUACUUUACAUUUUCAAGGGAAAGUAAUUAAAUUACAGUAACUAAUUACUUAGUAACGAGUUACACACAACACUGCCUAUAAAGCCCUACAUGGUUUAGCUCCUCAGUACUUGAGUGAACUCCUCUUGUAUUACAGUCCUUCACGUGCAUUACGCUCUCAGGCGUCCUGUCAGUUGGUAAUACCUAGAAUUUCAAAAUCAAGUGCAGGUGGUCGAUCCUUUCCCUAUCUAGCACAUAAACUUUGGAAUAGUCUUCCCUGCACUGUCCGGGAGGCAGACACACUCUGUCAGUUUAAAUCUAGACUAAAGACACAUCUUUUAAUCUUGCAUACACUACACUUCAGAAUAUAAAUCCUCUGAAGCGGCGACUUGACAAGUCUUCACUACGAAAUUUAAACUGCUAUUAGAUUAUUAAUGAUAAUCUUAAACCUAUAAUCUACUUUAUUACUAAAUUUAUUUUAUUUUUAUUUAGCUUUGUUGUGCAAGCACUGUCGAGCUUGUGCAGAGGCAGCAGUUUUUGCCAGAGGGGAACUGGAAUCCCCUGGUUGGGCCUGGGAUCUCCUGAGGUUUUUUUUCUCCAUUGGAGUUAUGGGUUUCCUCGCCUCGCCUUUGCAUACUGUUUUGCACUGUUUGCCUGGCCGGGGGACUGCUUUAGAAUUUUAAAGUUUUACUUAACUUAUUUAUUAUUACAUAUAGGAAUUUAUAGUGUGCUUAAUAUUUGACCUGUGCUUCUCUCUCUUUUAUCUUAAAUGUGUGCUUCUCUGUGAUAACCACUGUGCGUGUGUGAGUGUGUGCGCGUCCGUGUGUCUGUGUGUGCUAGUACGUGUGUAUAUUGUGUGUGUGGAGUUGUGAGUCCGUGUUUUGUAUGUGGAUGUGUUUGAACCGGUGUGUGUGUGUCUGUCUUCUGUGUUUUCACCUUUUUUGUUUUUACUUGUAUAACUUUAAAUGUUUUGCUUAUAGUCAAUAUGUUUAAUGUACAGCUGCUUUGUAACAAUGAAAAUUGUAAAAAGCACUAUAUAAAUAAAGUUGACUUGACUU